AUGGUAAAUAGUGGUAUGCAUUUUGUUCAUCCGAUGGAUAUUAUUACUAUGGAAGAAGAAACCGAUGAUGAUGGAUCUGAGAUUCCAUUUAAUCUUGAAGCUCAGGGACCCUUCUUGAAUUUUGCUGACCUCAAAACACGCCCCGCUCAUUUGGCCGCUUUUAUCAACUAUCUCUUAACAAAUGCCAAUCCAAGCAGUGUAUUUUUUCAUCUGAUAACAGAUGCUUAUCAGAAUUCAAAUGCUCUUCCAAAAGAUUUACGAAAAUGGGCCUAUGAAAUCUUUUCUACCUUUUUGAUACCAAAUUCUCCGCUUUCAUGGGAUAAUAUUGAUCAGUCAUUGAUUCAAAGCAUUGAUAAGAUAUUAGCAGCAACAAUACAAGCAACAGAUAAUGAUUUGGAUCAAUUGAUAAAAAUAUUUAGUGCAGCACGAAAGAAAUCACUCGAUGAUAUCAAUGAACAUUUGGCUGAUUUUCGUCAAAAACUUCUAAUAGGUUAUUGA